AUGAUGGAGGACAAUAAGCAGCUGGCGCAUCGGAUCGACGGGGCCAUUCAGUCGUCUAGUCGCGAAGUGACAAACCUGCGCUCCGAGCUGCGUGCCACCAGCCGCAGACUGGCUGAGCUGGACCCCGGAAGCCCCCCGCCCCUGGAGAACCACCACCUGGACUACAGAGACUCCUCGGUGCACCGCCGGCAGAAGGCUCUGGUCACAGACAUGUGCUACAACACGGACAUCUCCAGUUUGGCAAACUUCGGCUCUCCAGACUGUGCACUUGGCAAAGCUCCCGAGUCCAGCUCCCGAGUCCAGCUCCCGAGUCCAGCUCCCGAGUCCAGCUCCCGAGUCCAGCUCCCGAGUCCAGCUCCCGAGUCCAGCUCCCGAGUCCAGCUCCCGAGUCCAGCUCCCGAGUCCAGCUCCCGAGUCCAGCUCCCGAGUCCAGCUCCCGAGUCCAGCUCCCGAGUCCAGCUCCCGAGUCCAGCUCCCGAGUCCAGCUCCCGAGUCCAGCUCCCGAGUCCAGCUCCCGAGUCCAGCUCCCGAGUCCAGCUCCCGAAGCACACUCCCGGGCUGACAGUGGAGUCGUGCGGGGCCAAAGCGCAGUCCGAAAUGCGGUCGGAGCGGGAGGAGGGGAAGGCCGUGCUGCUGCGUGAGGAGGUGGUCCAGCUGCAGGAAGAGGUGCAGCUGCUGCGACAGAUGAAAGACGUUCUGAGCCAUGACAUUGAAGACGCUCGAGACGGAGGCUCCACAAACCUGCUCUCUGCGGCACAACUGCGCACUCAGCUGGGGGACAAGGAGCAGGAGCUGGACCGGGCCAAAGAGGCGCUGCAAGCGAUGAAAGCAGACCGAAAACGCCUCAAGGUGGAGAAGUCGGACCUGGUGAGUCAGAUGCAGCAGCUGUACAGCACACUGGAGAGCAGAGAGGAGCAGCUGCGGGAGUUCAUCCGCAACUACGACCAACACAGAAAGGAGAGCGAGGAUGCGGUGAAAGUGCUGGCCAAGGAAAAGGACCUACUGGAAAGGGAAAAGUGGGACUUGAGGCGACAGACCAAAGAAUCCACAGAAACAGCAGUGUCUCUGCGCUCCCAGAUUGACCUGAAAGAAAACCGCAUCAAAGAGCUGGAGGCUGAGCUCACCAUGGCGAAGCAGUCCCUGGCCACGCUGACCAAGGACGUGCCCAAGCGUCACUCUCUGGCGAUGCCCAUGGAGCCCGUGGUGAAUGGGAGUCAGGAGUGGGUCAUGCAUCCGGACCUGCCCCUGACCGCAGCCAUCCGCCAGAGCCAACAGACCCUGUACCACAGCCACACCACCGACCGGCCCGCCGUGGUGAGGAUCAGCCCGGGACACUCUCGACAGCCUUCCGUCAUUUCCGAUGCCUCUGUUGCCGAUGGCGACCGCUCAUCCACUCCAAGCGAUAUCAACUCCCCGCGACAUCGGACGCACUCGCUCUGUAACUCUAUGGAGGAUUUGGAGGACCAGAAGCGUAAGAAGAAGAAGGAGAAGAUGACGUUAGGUUCCUUAUCGCGGGUCUUCACCCGGAGCAAACAGAGGAAGUCCUUGGAGCCUGGUCUAUUUGAUGACACUGACAGCCUGAGCCAGAGCCUGUCGGACGGGGAGGAGGAACGGCAGCAGCAGGCAGAGCUGUCCCGGACCACCUGCAUGUCCCAGUGGAGGGCGGGCACGGUGCAGGCCUGGCUUGACCUGGUGCUGGGGAUGUCCAUGUACUCACGAGCUUGUGCCGACAACGUCAAGAGUGGGAAGGUUCUGUUGGGGAUGACGGACGACGACUUGGAACACGGCCUGGGUAUCAGUAACUGUCUACACCGCAGGAAGCUGCGACUGGCCAUCGAGGACUACAGGAGGGCAGAGGGGGACCAGGGCUUGGUCCUGUCUAAAGCCUCAGAUCUGGAUCACCACUGGGUCUGCUCGUGGUGGCUGUGUGAAGUGGGCCUUCCUCAGUACUCCCAGGUCUUCCUCCCUCACCUCAUUGACGGCCGCGUUUUAAAUUCAUUAAACCGCAGAGACUUGGAGAGGUGCCUCAACAUCAGCGACCCCUUCCACCAGACCAGCCUCCUCUUGGCCAUACAGCUGCUGCAGAUGCUCGGCUUUGAUAAGGAGGUCCUGCAGGCACGUCGCGCCGCGUGUGAGCAGCUCGACCGAGACCCUAUUGUUUGGACGUGUCAGCGGGUGAUCAAGUGGGUCCGGGACAUCGACCUCAAGGUGUGUGUGCUGAAAGAAAGGAUGUGCUCCAGUCCGGGUCUCUGCAGGGGAAGCGGCCGCUCUCCCCCGUCCAGCUCCGGGGCCACGGGUUCAGGGGCCCACUAUGCCCUGUGUGCCCUGGGUGUGGGCCUCAUUGCUCUGGGCAUCGUCAUGAUCGUAUGGACCGUCAUACCUUUAGACGGAGAAAACACAGGCAAAAGUCCAACCACCCCAGCUGCCAACUCCACAGAGCCCAUGGGCGAGGAGGAGGAGGAUGAUGAAGAGGAGGAGAAGGACCGGACAAAGUCUUCGUCUGUGGCCAUGGUUCUGGUGGGGGUGGGGGCCGCCAUGCUGCUCCUGUCCAUCUGCUUGGGAGUGAGGAGCAAGAGGAGAGCCAGGGACCAAAGCAACCAGCCAGUACAGACAGGUGUCCCCUUCUUGGAGCACGUGGCCGGAGGGCAAGGAGAGCCAGUUCCAGACCCGGCUUCAUACAACGUCCCGAGUUACGAGGAGGCGGUGGGCAGCGGUAACUACCCGGUGCGCCAGAGCAACCUCCGCAACAGCAUGACCCACCUGCCGUCGUACGAGGACAUCAUCGCCGCCGUGGAAAACGAGGGAAACGACCCCGCAGUACCCGCCACCAACAACAACCCUCCUUCCGAGGACACCCCCCUGAACAGCCCGGCCCCGGACGCCUCAGAGGCCCCCGGGGACCCCAGCACGCCCGAGAGAAACCCCUCUCUCCCGGCACGCAGCAGCAGCAGAGUCAGCCGCUUACUCCAGCCUCUGCGCGUGCGACGGAUAAAAUCGGACAAGCUGCACCUAAAAGACUUCCGCCUUCAAAUCCGCAGCCCCACGACCAACCCAGUCACCAUCGAACCCAUUACCCCUCCCCCCGGGUACGAGAACAAGAUGCCUGAACUCAACCAGAGCUGA